UCAGUUUCUUGCGACUCUCUGCGCCGUUAACUUCGCCGAUCGUGGGGCAUGCGCGACUAUAUAUCUGAAAAAUCACAAGAGUAGAAAAUAAAGCCUGAAGAAAAAACCCGUCUCGCUAUAUUCGUCGACUGUGUGCUCUUGUUGUUGUUGUCGCUGUUGUUGGUGUCUAUCUGUGUCUUUUGUCAAUGUUUUUAAACACAGCUCAAGGGGAAGCCAUUUCGCCUUUCUUCUGAAAAUAUCUUUAAAAAAAUACAAAAAUCAAACCGAAAAUUGAAAAAUUGUGAGUGCUUGUUGUGUGAAAAGUGAACAUCCGUGAUCUGAAAUGAUCAUCAUCUGAAGAAUAAGAAACACGCGCUUAAUCAAUUCGCUUGUUUAUCAAGCGCACGCCUAUAUUAUACAAUUUACCAACAGUCUUUUACAAUCUGUUCAUCGCAAAAGUUGAAUGGAAUAAAUUUUAAUCUUCGUAUUCGCACGCUACGUGACACUAAAUGAACAUGUUAAUUCUAAAACUUCCCAAAAUGUUUAGCCAACUGUGGCUCCUUCUGCUUCUAUCGCUCUUAACCCUGCAAGGCCCCCAACUUUCGGCCGGCAGUGGUUACAAGACACAAUCGAAUGUGGAGUUGCUGGACAACGAUUCGCGAUACAUCUCCUAUCAAGAUUUAAUGUCGACGGCCAAACGAUUUUACGAUCCCGAAACGAGUUGGUAUUCGGAAAUGCUUUUCGACGUGGCCAGGAACCAAGUGAUAGUCGGCGCCAGGGACACCCUGUACCGCAUGUCUUUCGACCUGGAGCCGCUGGAGCGGGCCAGCUGGGGGGCCACGCCGUCGGAGAUUGCCAUGUGCCAGGUAAAAGGCCAGUUGGAGCGAUGGUGUCGCAACUACGUGCGCGUGCUCCACAGCUACGGUGAGAACCAGCUGUACGCGUGUGGGACGAACGCCUUCCAGCCGAGCUGUUCGUGGCGCCAGAUGGAGAACCUCACGGUGACGGGCGUGGACAGCGGCGUGGUCAAGUGUCCGUUUCAUCCGCAGGCGAACAGCACCAGUCUGCUGCACUCCAAUGGCCAGCUGUUCGUGGGCACCGCCACCGAUUUCUCGGGAGGCGAUGUGGCCAUCAUGCGCACAGGACUCCAGUCCAAUGAGCGUUUCCUCCGCACGAAGCUCUACAACAACAACUGGUUGAGUGGAGCCCAAUUCGUGGGAAGCUUCGAGGCUGGCAACUUUGUCUAUUUUCUGUUUCGCGAAUCCGCCGCCGAGCACAUGAGUUGUGGCAAGGCAAUAUAUUCGAGGAUUGCUCGUGUCUGCAAAAACGAUGCUGGUGGCAGUGGUCAGUUUUUAAAGGACAAUUGGACUUCAUUUCUGAAGGCUCGGCUUAAUUGCUCUUUGCCUGGGGAAUAUCCUUACUACUUUGAUGAAAUCCAGGGCAUGACAUACGCCGAAUCAGAAUCUAUAUUGUAUGCCACCUUCAGAACUUCAGGAUCUAGCAUUUUCGGAUCGGCUGUGUGUGCCUAUAACCUGAGUGCGAUCAAUGAAGCCUUCGAUGGACCUUUUAAACAUCAAGAGCACGCAGAUGCCGCUUGGCAGACUGUAAAUACGAGGCAAAGAAGUCAAUUCCAGUGCGGUUCUACCAGUUUUGGCCACAUUUUGGAGAGCUCCCGCUACCAACUGAUGGAUUUGGCAGUGCAACCAAUUAAUUCCGAACCAUUAUACCACUCGAAACUCGAACAAUUUGGUAGAUUGGCUUUGGAUAUAAUUAACACAAAAACGGAGCAGAUCCAUGUGCUUUUUGUGGCCACCACUGGAAAUUACAUUAAGAAAUUAUCAGUGAAGUAUGGAAACCCAGGAGUUCAGACUUGUUUGGUGGAAUUUUGGCAAGCGGAUGAUACAGGGAGCAGUUCCUUGUUGAAUAUGGCCUACUUGAAGGUCACAGAUUCGCUGUAUUUGGGCACCGAUUUGGCCCUAACAAGGAUUCCCGCCCAGCAUUGCAGUCGUCACGGAUCGCAGUCCAGUUGCCUCAACUCCAUGGAUCCCUAUUGCGGUUGGAACGAGUUGGUGGAGCGUUGCAUGCCCCAGCCACUGGACUCCUCUGUCCUGCAGCACUGGCAGCAGGCUCCCGAGAUCACCUGUCCGGUGUUAAAUGCCCCAAUUGAUGGUGGUUGGUCCACUUGGAGCAACUGGGCGGCUUGCCAGCAGCACGAGCAACCAGACAGCAAUUGCCAGUGUCGCCAGCGCAGCUGCAACAAUCCGCAGCCGCAACACGGAGGCUCAAGUUGCGAGGGCAUCAGCACCCAGGUGACGAACUGCACGCAGCACGGAGGCUGGACGGAGUGGUCGGCCUGGUCGCCGUGCUCCCAAACCUGCGGCAUUGCCGUGAAGAUCCGACGACGCACCUGCGGGAAUCCCCGUCCGGCGUUCGGAGGUCGCACCUGUGUGGGAUCGGAGCAGUCGGAAAUGUACUGCCGCCACUUGCCACCGUGUCCAGUGGCCAAGCCGCAAUCCGUGGACGGAGGAUGGGGUCCCUGGGGCGAAUGGAGUGAGUGCAGUGCCCAGUGUGGCGGAGGAUUCCGAAUGCGAAGAAGGGAAUGCAAUGAUCCUGCUCCUCUGAAUGGAGGAUUGGAGUGUCCUGGCUGUCGCUUGGAUUACGAGGAGUGCAACAUGCAGAGCUGCCAGGAGGUGAGGAAACUCAGUGCCUGGACUCCGUGGCUUACGGUUUCCGGCAGUGGAAACGCCAGUGAACCGCACGUGGAAAAGCGCUUCAGAUACGUCUGCCGGGCCACAAGUCCGGAUGCAAGUUCCGUGAGAGUUGGCUUGGCCAAGGAAGAAUUGCGCAAUUGCCACGCCGAUGGAAGUUGCCAAAGGCAGGGCGAUCACGAUUCCCAGGACUCGGCAGAUGCAGCAGAUUGGUCGCCAUGCAGCGUGAGUUGCGGCGGAGGAACCCAGCAAAGACAACGAGGACGUGGAGUCCAAAGUCGCGUUUGCAAUCUGCAUCCCUGUCCAGCGGAUGAUCAGCAACUCAGCAGCAAUUCCUUGGACAACGAAGUGGAGCACGGGGAGUGGGGCUGCUGGUCGGAGUGGUCAGCCUGCUCGGUCACCUGUGGACUGGGAAUCCGUCGCAGGACUCGCCGCUGCCUCGCAGGACACGAGAGAUUGUGCCAGGGUCGCGCCCUCGAUGAGCAAAAGUGCGAAAUGGUGCCUUGUGAAGAUUUCCUGGGCUGGAGUUCUUGGAGUGAGUGGUCCAGUUGUUCUAGUGAUGGCAUCCGCCUAAGACAUCGCCGCUGUUUGGUGGAAAAUCCCAAUUCAAAGGAGUGCCAUGGUGCAGAGUUUGAGAAGACCGCCUGUGUUCCCAACGAAUGCGAGGAAACCCAUUCUGCCUCAACUGCCACUUUGCCCAUCGUGAUAACUCUUUGCUUUUUAUUUACUGUGGGCUGUUGUUAUGCCACCUAUCGGUACACCAAGAAACGAUUUAUGCUGAGUGCCGAAGAGGCUUUGAACAAAACCACGACCACAACGGCCAGUUUCGACACGUAUCCCAAUCAGUAUUCCAGUCUGCCUACCAAGGAUUACUACGAGCAGCGACCGAAACGGCAGUCCAGCUUCCGAAUGCCGGCCAAAACGAGUAAUAUUGGCAAUGGCAACGGCACUAUCAACCGCAACAUACACCACAAUAAUACGCCCAAAGUGCUGGCCAAAACCUACAAUGAUUGCGAAACUGGAACGCUGAAACGACAAUCUGCGCUGAACAAUUGCCGAAGCAACAUCGAUGACGAAAAGUUCUAGAGAACCUGCGAUCCUCGAAAAACCCCUAGUGCCAUUUAUUGACAUGACCAACAAACUGUCUACGGAAAUGUUACAACGAUAAUUAAGUUUUUUUUUUGCUCAAAAUCCAUGCAGAUGCAAAAAGUUCCUUGACUGACUCACAUUGAGUCGUUUUCAUUAAGCUUAAUGAGCUAGUUUAUAUACCUAAGUAGCAUAGGCAUUUAAAAGUUAUGAGUUAAGAUCAAAAAGUAUUUUAGUCAAAUCCAAAAGUUUCGAAAUUCACCCCACUUAAAUCAUUUCUGCAUUUAGCUUUGUAGAUACUGUCAUUUGAAUUUGUUGUAAAAAUCGUUUUAGAUUGUAAUGUGGCCCAACAAACGAGACUGACCGUUAAUAAUUGUUUAGAGAAUUUGCUAAAUUUCCCAAAAUUAUUGCCAUGCAGACACAUAAGUAAAUGUAAUUGUAAUUAUUUUUAUUGCCGUACUUUUAAGUUAUCUUAUUGUUUAAAGUGCGGACUGACGUAGUCGAAGCUGUAAAAUAUAGACUUAAAGUUAUAUAAAUCCAUACAAUAAAACAAGUUUUACUAACCGA